AGGUGGAAGCACAAAUAACUCACAUUCGCAAUCAGUCAGCCCGACACCUACGACAUGAACUACUCGGCUGCAAUAAUAAUUGCAAUUAUCCUGCUGCUGCCAGCCAGCCAGCAAAGCUCGGAGGCUUUGGAACGCAAGGUGUUGUCGUACAAUCCCACCUAUGAAUUUUGGUUUUUCGUGCCAACUGGCAGGCCCAAGUAUGUUUCCGAGAAUGUUCAGGACGCCUAUUGGGCUUCCCGGACCAAAGGAGGUGUUUGCUAUACAGACGUUUGGUUCUUCUGCAAAACUGGCGUUACAAUAGAGGAGUAAAUUGCUUGACACAAAAAAAGAAACACCAACGGUUUAUUAAAAACAAAAUCAAAAAUAGUAUUUAUCUGCGUAAAGUUUACUUGCCCUUAAAUAACAAUAAUCUUUAUUAAUCAUGUGAACGCCCUAGUUGUAAAAAUACACGUGAAGUGUGUUAUCUUGAUUACCUAGAAAAAUAAACAUUAUUCGUCAAGAACUGAAAA